AUGGCCGGCCGCGGGCCCGAGCAGGGCUACAUCCGCACCGUGCUGGGCCAGCAGAUCCUGGGCGAGCUGGACAGCUCCAGCCUGGCGCUGCCCUCCGAGGACCGGCUCAAACUCUCGGGAGAUCGCGCCGGGGAGGAGAAGGCGCUGCGGAUCCACCGGCAGGUCCAGCAGACGCUGGCCAGGAAGAGCCGGGGCUCGCUGUACAAUGGCAGCCUGCACCGUGCAUCCAGUGUACCAGAGCGUGUCUACAACAUGGGGAUCACUGAGAAUGAUUUUGCACCAAGGUCUCCCUACGGUUUCUCAUAUUACCAGGCAAACCAGGUUGCCUCCCCAUCCUCUUACACGAAUGGCUGGGGGACAAGGAUCGCUUACAGGACGAUGGAGGAGAGAGCUCAAAGGCAGCCUCUGAGGAGACUGGAGGUUUCACCCCAACGAAAUCCGGAAAGAUUGGCGUACGUGUCCAGUGAUUUUCACUACAAUGGAGGGAUUGCAGCUGGGUUCUCCAUGAGGCACGGAGAUAGCCUGAGGUCCGCUGGGACUGUGCCACCGAGAUACGCUCGCUCCGAGAUUGUUGGCUACAGCCUUCGCGACUCCGUGCACAGGGGACGCUCCUUCAAGAGACAGUCCCGCAUGGGGGCUGUCAGUGAUGCUGUCCUUGAUGGUGUCUACCCCAGCCCCGCUGUCCCUCUGUACCACCGGCCUGGCAACAGCCGCAGCAUGACCAACCUCCUGGAGAAGGAAAACUACCUGGCCGCGGAGAGCGCGACGGGACAAGUGAGGUCCCCGGCCGCGUCCCGCUUGUCUCAGAACAGGCAGUCUGUGAGGUCCAGCUUCUACCAAACCGCCUUCAGAAACACACAGAGCAGGAGAGAAGUUUCCCAGCCAGCUUCGAUAGCCAGUGUCACUGCAGAAACGGAUGGGAAGAGGAUGCCGGUGACAGCUGCUGUGGCCGCAGCAGGGAGAAAUGGUUUCCUGCAGAGCGAGCAAGUGACCCUCAAUGGAUCUCAGCUCGGGAGCCCAGAAGUGGAGAUGACCCUGGAGCGUGCAGUGAACAUACUGAAGAGUGAAAAUACCCAGUCCACCCCCAGGAUCCUUGCUGCAGUGACUUUCAUACAGCAUGAGUGCUUCCAAAAAGCAGAUGCCAGGAGAAAAGUUUUCUCACUUGGUGGUAUCCCCAGACUUCUACAGCUCCUUGAGGUUCAGAAUGAGGACGUUCAGAGGGCAGCGUGUGGUGCUCUGAGAAACUUGGUGUUUGAGGACAAUGACAACAAGCUGGAGGUGUCAGAGCAGAGAGGGAUCCCACUCCUGCUCCGCCUGCUCCGGCACACCAGGGAUAUAGAGACCAAGAAGCAAAUCACAGGUUUGUUGUGGAAUCUGUCCUCCAAUGACCAGCUGAAGCACCUGUUGGUUAGAGAAGCCCUGCAGACGCUGACUGAAGCUGUCCUCAUCCCCUACUCAGGCUGGCCAGACAGAGAUUACCCAAAAUCAAGUGUUCUACCUGACCCUGAUAUCUUCUACAAUGCUACAGGAUGCCUGAGAAACAUGAGCUCUGCUGGCCCAGAAGGAAGGAAGAAGAUGAGAGAAUGUGAGGGCUUGAUUGAUUCUCUUGUGUAUUAUAUCCAAGGAGCUAUUGCAGACCAUGAGCCCAAUGACAAGGCCACAGAGAACUGUGUGUGCAUUCUUCACAAUCUUUCCUACCAGCUAGAGAUAGAGCUUCCUGAGAGCUAUGCCCAGAGCAUAUAUAUGCAAAGAAGAAAUAUUUCUGACAAUGAUAAAACACCAGGCUGUUUUGGAACACGGAGCAGAAAAGUAAAAGAGAAGCAGCAGGACACCCCGCUACCUGAGGAAAAGAGCAAUCCCAAAGGUGUUGAAUCGCUCUGGCAUUCUACACUGAUCAGGAUAUACCUCUCCUUAAUAGCAAAGAGUACCAGAAACUACACCCAGGAAGCAUCCCUGGGAGCUCUUCAGAACCUCACAGCUGGCACUGGACCAAUGCCGUUGGCAGUGGCCCGGACUGUUGUUCAGAAGGCAAACGGCCUCCCAGGCAUCCGAGCCAUGCUGCACGUCAGCCACCCCGCCGUGAAGAGGACAGCGGUCUCACUGCUCAGGAACCUGUCUCGAAACACCUCCCUGCAGAACGACAUUGCCAGAGAAGUUCUGCCUGAUUUGGUGUCCAUCCUGCCCGAGUGUGUGCCAGGGUGUGACGUUGCCUGUGAAACCACAGCGUCCAUCUGCUACACCCUGUUCAACCUGACCCAGAGCAGCUCGCACAACGCCCGGCUGCUCCUCAGCGCCCACGGCCUGCCCAAGGUCAUUGCCAUCAGCAUGAAUGACAGCAAUAUGUUCAGCAAAGCCAGCAGGGCUGCUUCAGUCCUCCUCUACUCGCUGUGGUCACACACCGACCUCCACAGUGCUUACAAAAAGGCUGACUUUAAGAAGGCGGAUUUCAUCAACAGCCGGACCACAAAAGCCUAUAACUCCUUAAAGGAUUGAGUCAGAGCACAACAGAGAUCAUCCAGCAGCUAAUGUAACCAUCUUCACAGGGCUGGUGUUGCCAUCACGAACCACAGAGGAUCUCAGAAAAAAAAGGGGCUGAUUUUCUAUAAAGAUUUGAGUGGCCACAGUAGCUUUUUUGAGUUUUUAAUCCUAAUCACCUUGUUGUCACUGUAUAUAUCGAUCCAAGAAUAACCAAAGAUGGAUUCUCCAGGAUGUCUGAGGUGAAGUUUCACCCUGGCUUACCACUAGUCAGACCUCCAGAUGACUGCCUUUGCUCUAUACAGAGGAAUUUGAAAUGCUAGUUGGCAGCAAAUUCUUUUCAGACUGUUUUAUACCAGAAGUUUUCUACAGUGGAUAAGCAUCGAGUGCACUGCUCAGGAUUUAGUCAUUUUUCACUCUUUCGUUUCUUCACACAGCUAAAUAAGAAUCUCCAGACUCUACGAGUAUGCACAAGAAGUUGUUUCACUACCUUCAUUAUAAAAGCACCAAUGAAGUUAAAAUUACUAUUUUUGUAUUGCUUGUUUUCAUGGGCUCACUGGUUCUUAACCCUCUUUCCUUUGACAUUUCAUCAGCAACAGUAGCAAAACUGAUUUUACAUAGAUGUUAUCAUCCCUUGCUCCUCUCAUCCUCCCUCACAUGGCUGUUGCGUUUUACAGCUGUGUCCAGAAAAGAUUUUAACUGGAACCACUAGGUUUAAGGCACUAUGUUUCAGACACUUUGGGCUGAACUUAAGCUCAUCAUUCUUUUCUAGUUGGUGGAGAAAUUAUUUGUGGGUGGUACAGUGAUUAUUUUAAGAAAAUUGCAAUUUCAAAACAAUUCUGUUGAUAAUCUGUAUUUAAUAAAGGGAGUGGAGCCUUGCCUUUAUGUUUGAAGUAAUAGAUACACACAAGAUGGUGGGCUCUGUCCUGAUUAAGGAAUUCAUCUGAUCCUGCUUCAUAUUCUCUUGCUUGAAAUGAUCAUCCUCUCUACAGCAAUUACAUGCAAUGUGAUAACUUUAGGACUAUGCCUGCACAUGUGGGAAUAGGUAACAGGAGGGAAAGAAAUUCCUGAGGACCUGAAGGCUCAGGUUUUCAUGGCAUGAUGCUCAAGAUGGUAAAAAGCAGUGAAAAAACACCAUCCACUGCAUUUAGUAAGUCAGAUUUUUCUCAAAAAAAAAAAAAUCUAAUUCGCCAUUAAACCGGUAGGAAAUUCUUAUAUAAAUAUUGGGUUAUCAGCAGACGUGAUCUGGAAUUAUUCUUCUGAAAUCAGGGGACGUGAGCUACCUUGAUGGCAAUGGAUGUUUUGUCAUGUGUCAACACAAGCCUUGCUGCUCCAACAGAGCCCAUCCUGUACCCUCACUGCUGAGCAGCUGUUCUUGUGCAGAAGGAGCUGCAAAAUCCUUGGAGUAGGGACCUCACAGGGGAGGUCACCAGGCCUCUUCGUUCCAACACCCCUGGCUAAAGGUCUGGCUCCUACCAGAAAUUUAGAACCAGCGGGUUGUACCGCUGCACCGUGUCCAAACAUAUUUCUGGAUAUCUGGGAGCUAAAUUCUGCUGGUGGAUGUGCACAGUUCUCUGAGGAGUCCCAGAAAGUCCCACCCCUGCACACAGAACAGAAUGUGCCCCGGGGAGGGGAGCAAACACCGCUGCUUUCCCCUCACUGGUGGUUUUCAGAGGAGCUCUUAGUCCUCCACAUUUGCUUUGAAUAACUCAAAUCAAAUGCACUCCAGUAGGAGGUUUUAAAAAUACGAUUAUUUUUUGUAAGAUGUCAUAUUCAAAAUAAUGCAGGUCCAAAAACAACACAGGGAAGGGGAACUUACAGCACCACAUGUUGAGGGAAUUGUUUUUAUAACUUCUUCAAAUAUGAUAGAAAACAGACAAUUAAAAUCCAACUUUCUCUUCUAACUUAUUAACCCAAGUAACUCUGCUUGUGCCAUGAAAGAAUGAAUACCAGGAAGCCUGGAAAGGUCGUUUUUUUACUGCCCAAUAGGAGUAGUAGGCAAAAUCAAUGUAGAAAGAGGAAACCUGAAUACAGAGUAGCAUAGGAAUGAAGAAUUGCAGUCUAAAAGAUGAAGAAGAGAUCUUUUAGAAAUUCUCAUGCAUUUAGUUUUAUUAAACUCACAUGCUAUUUAAGAAACAAAACAAACUGUGCUGGGUACUUCAAAUACAUGUGUACCUCUCAGUAAGAUGUCCUUAAAGAGGAAAUGCAGAGUUUUUGGGUUGUUUCCAUUGAUGCAGUGAUUUUAAAGGUCUUAUUCAAACAAAAUGAAUCUAUGAUAGUGCUUCUUUUAAAACCUAAGCUGUGUUCAAAAGUCACAAAGUACCUCAGACCUGGCGGCAACACCAGGAACGAGACACGCCUUAUUACAAUUGAUCUCCUACUUGUAUGCAAUCAAAAACAUUUC